AUGUCGUCCAUCCCACUGAGUGUGACUGAGAAGUGCAAUGAUUGGGACGAGGAUUGGCAUUCGAGAAAAACGGCAAGUGGAGGAGGUAGAGGAGAGGGCGGCCGAAACACCACCUGCAUUGGUCUUUGUGCCACCAUUGUAUGGCAACUUUGUUUCCAUCUCACACCACCUAAUCUCAUUUCACUUCACUACACCUCUCCUCCUCCUCCUCCUCCUCCUCCUCCUCAUACUCGUCUGACUCCGCCUCCGCCUCCACCUCCACCACUCGUUCUAUCUCCUCUUACCUCCUUUCCUCUCCAUCCCACCAAAACGCUUUCCACCCCAUCCCCCAACUCUCAUCCACGUCAUCCACCCUCCUCCACCUCAACCACCACCCCAACUUCAUGA